CAGUAAACCAAUUACUUAUGAACUGCUAGCCGAUAUUGAUCGUCGCAUUUCCGUGAGGUUGCUAGCGGAAGCCGAAGACGCUGUGGCUCGGCUCGACGCCCGCGCUCGUUAUUCUCCUUUCCGGACGCCUUGGAUGCAGCGCAUGCUCUAUGGGGAAGCCUGCGCCGCAAGCCUCGUCGAAGGCGAACUUGUCUUAGUGUCGGAUCUGGUCAUGUUUGAUCAGGGUGGCUGGAAUGGAGGGCCGCGCGAAGAUUUGAUGCGGGCGCGACAAUCGUUGCUGGCUUGGCGACGCGCGGUACGUGCGAACGCGCCACGUAUGCUAGGUGAAAUUCAAACAGAUCAGCUUCGACCCGGCGGUGCUGACCGCGCUUCAGACCUAGACAGAUUUUGGGAUGAGGCGUGGGGGGCUGAGGAUCGGUUGACGGCGUGGCAUCAAGCCGUCGAGCUGUCGCGACGGCUUCCACCCCUUUUAUCGGCCGCGAUCGCUUGGGAUGCGUGGAUGCUCCUACAGCCGGAUCAGAUUAGGUCAUGGAAAAGCACCCUUGGUGCUGCGCUUGUUCUUAAGAUGCGCCGCAAGACAUCAUCGUGCCUGCUGCCCUUGAACACUGGAUGGCGGUUUUCAUCAUACCGGCGCAUGCCCCACCACAGUAUUGUUGUUCGUCUCAAUGGUUUUCUUGAAUGGAGCCUCAAGGCUGCUGAACACGGCAACCAGAUGCUUGAGCAGAUGAGCCGUGCCGAUUGCAGACUUCGAGUCCGACUGGAAGGGCGUCGACGGAAUUCGCGAUUAGGUCAACUGGUUGAGUUUUUCUAUGCAUCGCCGCUCGUCUCGAUACCUGCGGCCGCGCGGAAGCUGGGUUGUUCGCAGCAGGCGAUUUCGGGGAUGCUGAAGGAACUUGGAAGCUCCAUUCGCGAGGUGACCGAGCGGCCUCACUACCGAAUGUGGACGCUGACGUGACGGGAGAUUGUCUCGCAGUAGUGACAGCCACUCAAUCGCUUCCCCCGGCUCCCGGUAGCAGGUCGCCGGAAUCGA